AUGGAAAACACUACAAUCUUUGUUUCAGGUGCCACAGGUUUCAUUGCUCUUACAUUAGUAAAGCAAUUAUUAGAAAAAGGAUAUUCUGUUAUUGGGUCAGUAAGAUCUACUGAAAAAGGAGAACACUUAAAGAGACUUUUAUCAACUGAUAAAUUCAGAUAUGAGAUUAUAGAAUUGAUUGAAAAGGAAGGGGCAUUUGACAAAGCUUUGCAAAAUCAUCCAGACGUAACAGUAUUUCUUCAUACAGCUUCUCCAUUUCACUUUAAUACUGAUAGUAUUGAGAAGGAUUUGCUUCUUCCAGCAAUUCACGGAACUGAAAAUGCGUUGAAGGCUAUUAAAUCCAAUGGACCUCAAAUUCGUAAAGUUGUUUUAACAUCAUCAUUGGCAGCAAAUUUUGAUGUUCAACAUUAUAACGAUCCUAAUAGUACAUUCAACGAAAAAACCUGGAACCCAUUGACUUAUGAUCAAUGUAAAAAUGAUCCUUUUGUCGGAUAUGUUGGUUCUAAGGCGUUAGCCGAAAAGAUAGCGUGGACGUUCAUAGAAGAGGAGAAACCUAACUUUACCAUGAAUGUUGUCAAUCCAGUUUAUGUUUUUGGACCUCAAGCUUUUGAGGAACAAGUGAGCGGACAGCUUAACACUUCUUCUGAGGUGAUUAAUUCUUUAUUAAAGCUUAGUAAGGAUGACAAAAUUCCUGAGACUAUUGGUUAUUAUAUUGACGUGAGAGAUGUCGCAAAGGCACAUAUUACAGCUUUUGAAAAUGAUAAGAUUACCAAUGAGAGGUUACUUGUAUCUGCAGGAAGUUUUGAUAACCAAGAUAUUAUUGAUAUAAUUCAUAAGAACUUUCCGCAAUUGGCAGAAAAAUUACCAAAAGGUAACACAGACGGCGGCGACACUACUAACUUAAUGAAAUUAGAUACCAAAAGAACUCGUGAAUUACUAAGAUUCGAAUACAUUAGUCUUGAGAAAAUUAUAGUUGACUCAGUCAAGCAGAUUUUAGAUGCUCAAAAGAAGUAA